AUGCCUAAUAUUGAAUGUGAGACACCAUUCCCGCAGGCACGAACUUUUGUCGGUUCUUUCACAUUCGACUUGGAGAUGAAUAAAUUACAACACCUUGUGAUAUUUUUCGGCCUCUGGGGCAUCCAGGGUUCUUUUGGGCGAAUGCUCCCUGGGCCAACGCAAACAUCACAGACCUGGGACCUCAACCGGCCUUCGUCAGAUCCCAUCCAUACUACUGAGAUCAGGGAACUGAUCAAACGUCAAGAUAGCAGCUCGUCUGUUACUCCAAUCACCGUUACAAUAGCAAAAGAUGAAACAUGCGGAUUUCUAUCAGGCAGACCAGCGCUUCCCAUCACUUGCGAGAACCAACGGCCAUGUAUGUGGGCUGCUUCGGUAGGAAUAGUUUGCGGUGAUAUCGACAAUGACAAAAGCUGGGAUGUUCAUAUUCAUUGUCUUGACAGAGAGAUGGCAUUGAACCCGAGUCUUUGCAACGAUACCUGCGUGGGCAACCCGCUGUACCUUCUCUGUACUAAUGAAUCUGCUCCUUACUGUGGCACGUACGAAUUCCCACAAGGAAUCGAGGAUUACAGAUGUUCAUCAACCCCUGCGACUCGAGUUUCGACUGCUUCAUUCACGUACAUCGGCCAAGAAAACGCAAACUUCGUUACAACAACCUUGAACGUCCCUGAAUCCGUUUCGCAGUCAUCAUCGACCGAAAGCGCAAGUGUAGCAUCAAGCUCUUCCACAAUACCUUCGUCUACUUCUCCUCCCUCCAAUACUUCGCCGCCCAAGCCGCCGCCUUCGAGCCAGAACAAUCUUGGGGCAAUAAUCGGUGGCGCAGUGGGAGGUUUUGCAGCACUAUCUCUUGUGCUUUUCGGAAUCGCCUGGUUUGUGCGACAGUCACGAAAAAAGAAUCGCCAAUCGAUACCGGUCAAUCCGAUGGAGCAAGAUCCAUUGUCUGAUCCAAACAUUGGAAAACCGGACCCAAGGUCUCCAGUACCAAGCGACUGGAGAGACUCGACAAUGACGGCGCUGAGCUCACCAAAUUCUGCCUCGCCGCAGAUUUGGAUGAAUCAACCUAUGUCACCGAGUGCACAGAGUGACAUGUCUCAAGGAAUGUCGCCAACCUUGGGGCAGCAUUUGGCUUACGAGAUGAGUGGAGAGUCUGCCCAACCUCCACAUGAAAUGGGUGACACUCGGUUGUACGAGAUGGCUGGCGAUAAUCAUCAUCGUAUGGUAUAG